AUGUCUAAGAGGCCGCGGUCUGAUGGUGAGUCGGAGGAUGAUUUCAUUGACUGGCUUGAUUUUGUGCGCUCACUGGUUGUGAGCGACCCGGGGCCAGUAAACUAUCAAGAGUUGCUGCAUUGGCCUGGAGUGGUGUUGACCCGCCUUGCGAAUGUGGAUAUGCUAGAUAUCCUAGAGGAGAAGUUUUCAUCAGGCAUUGAGAUUACGACUUCAUAUUCUGGAGUGGGUUCACCAGAGACUGCGCUUGGCUUUCUUCAGCAGGCUUUGGGCCGCUAUGGCUGUGAAACAGGGACCUUGAAGGUGCACAGCGCGACAGAGUACUCAAAGCAUUGCCAGAGAAUCCUCGCGAAUCACGUGGAUGGUCCAUCAAAAGCUGAAUGUAUCUUCAGUGACUUGCGAGCAGUCGUGCCAGAUGAGGUUAUUCAGAACAUGCGUGCAGUGCGACAAGCGUACUUGAAAAGGUACACAUACCAGGUCCAUUCCAAUAAAGUACCUGCGGCUAUGGCUAUCAAGCGCCUAGGUGUGGACUUUGUGCGGCAUGUUUGGCCAGACUUCAUGCGAGCAGCAAUCAGUCCAACGGCCUUUUGCCUGUGUCACAACAAGGCGUGCUUGACAGGCACCUCGCAGAACAGGUCAGGUGUUCUAAGAGGAAACACAGCGGGCUUUACUUGUGUUGAUUGGUCAAACCUUGGCAACCAGCUUGGAUGGCUUGGUGAAUCAGCGGAAACGUUUUUGAGUUGUUUGGCUGACCAGCUGGUCAACCACAAGCCUGAUUUCAUCCUUGGAGAGUGUGUUGAGGGCUUCGAUACAGACAUGCUGGGUGAGCUGACGAAGGAUUGGUAUACCCUUCUUCCAUUGUCCAUCAGUCCUGAAAUGUUUGGCUUUCCAGCCACAAGAAAGCGGCUUUACAUGAUUCUUUUGCGGAAAGGUGUUCUGUCUUGGCACAGGCAAGUGCAGCGAGGAGACCCCGCUUCACUGUUCUUCACCUUGUUCAGUCGGCCGCUGUCUCUGUGUGGAGAAGUGUACUUCAAUGCGCCGCCUGAGUAUGUCGCACGCUUUCAUGCAGAAUGGGCCAAGAGCAAGCACUUACCAGAGCUUCAAGCAGAUGGGUCAAGUUGGACCACCAAGUCGAAGUGUCGACAGCAUGCCAAAGUGGAUCGGGCUGAGAAGCCGUUCUUUGUGAUGAACACUACCCAAUCAUGUGAGAUCCGGUUGUUGUGUCCACAUUUGCUGGCGCGGCAAGGCAACAGCGGUGCCUCUUCAAAUGGCCAAGGAAAACGGCAGAAGACUAAGAAGGAAGAGAAUGACCCUGUGGAGGAGAAGACCAAAAAGUGCAAACGGUGCAAGAAGGGAAGACCAGUGUCAGAGUUUUUUCAGGGUCACGGAAAUUGUAAAGGGUGCAGCAAAGACCUCAAGAACCUUGAGAACCAGGCCAAGGCAGCAAAGGAGCUGGAAUGGUUCAGAUCCCUCAAUGACCAGCAGCUCGACUCCCUGGUCGUUGCCUACAACAAAGAGAAGCUCAAGGCUGAGAAAGAACGCCGUCGUGUGAAAUUCAACAUGACAACUUACAAGGUUCGUGUCUUGAGUGCCAGUGGUGUGCGGCGUGAAGCCCGCAGGCGGUUGAUGACGGAAGAUGCGUUCAUUGAAUUUGCCCAGACCCCUCAGGGGGGAAAUUUGACGAAGUCUCAGGCUGAACGGAAAUGGCAGGAGUACAAGGAUGACCCUUACCUCGUGGCUGAGGGUGAAGGGAAAGACAUGAAAUUGCCGAUCCACUACACAACAGACAUCGUAGACUACGACGAUGUUGCCAGCCAGCGUGAGAUUGAGCAGCAGCAGAAGAACGCCAUGGACGCGGACAAGAAUGGAAUCAAGUUUGACCGGGUGAAAGUGGCAGCCGGACAAAGCUGUGGUGGCGAUGGCGAGGUGCCUGUGCUGACAGUUGGCAAAGUUUCAGAUUUGAUGAAGCGAAGGCCAAAGGGUUCUGACCAGGCCACAGAUGGCCAAGAUGAUGAGGGCCAGGCAGAAGUUGCUGAGCAGGAGAAUGCGGAAGAGAAGGACAAAGAAGAGAAGUGGUUUGACGCUGUGGCUCAGAGUGCUCGAGCCAAAAGGCAGGCAGGCCCUUGCCACAACUACCACAAGCUCCACACCUUGGGAGCCAGCGGAAUUUGGAUUGCUCAAAUGCAAGGGGUUCAAUCUCAAGAACAGUUGGAUGAAACGUGGAGGGUGGUGAAAGCUGCGGCUGCCCAUUGGGAUGAAUUGAUGUCAGCGUGCAGAACUUCUUCAACUGACUUGCGAAAGGCGUUGGACCUUGCCAGAGGAGGCUCUAAGAAAAAGUCUGCCGGCAAGGCGAAGGCAAAGCCCAAGGCAGCUGGUAAAAAGGUUUCUGCGAUGUACCAAGUCUUUGAUUUCAAAGACGCAGUGGCGAUUGCAGAGUACACAAGUCCUUUGCCGCAGGAGCACAAUGUCAGUGACCCUUUCAUUGUCAGGGCAAAAUCCUUGCCAACCAUCUUUGUAGGGGAUGGUGCGACACCGGAGCAGAUGAACAAGUUGGAGGCAGAGAUGUCAUCCUUUGAAGAGAAGUUUCAAAAAAGUGACCUCCGCUUCACCACAGGCAAGUGCCAAGCCGCCUUGUCCAAGGAAGGUGGGGAGAUCCUGAGCAACCGUGCUGCAGAGAUUUUGCCUUCCCGCCAUGUUUUGGUACCCAGCGGUGUGCCUCCUGCCUCUUGCUAUGGCAGCAUUGCGCAGCACCGGAACAUCCAGUACGAAGUGUCUGGUUGCGCAAGCAUUCGCCUCUCCAACAAAGGAUGGCGUGAGGUUGUGAUCUUGAAAACGGAGCAGGUGAUGAGUUUUCUCCAUGAUCGCAACAAUCGUCGGAAGGAAGAAGACAGAGAUAAGGUCACGUAUGGCUCAGCUGUUGGGUUUGCUUGCUAUUUGUCUGAUGAAGACUUGUUGGAGCUCGUGGACGCUCAGCCAGGCAGUGUGCAAAAGGGGUCUUUGGACGCAGGAGAUCUUCUUUACACGCCGGCGGGUGUGUUGGUUGGAGAGAGAGUGGGCAAAGACUCAGACCACUAUGGCUACAAGAUGUCGUUCGUGUGCAUUGGCAGCAAUGGCGAUGAGGUGGGGAUCAAGACAUUGCGCGCUUUGCAGAUGGAAGCACGGGAUCAAGGGAGAACGUCUCCACAAUUGGAAGAGCUGUUGAAAGCGAUCGAUGAGGACAAUUCCAAGCUCACUGCAGCAGCUGCAGCGGCCGCGGGUGGAGGAGCUGUUGCACCACCUCAAGGCGUACUGGUCUUGAUGCGGUCUGAUUUGUACUGA